AUGACACUCAAAAAUAAAGUUUUGGUUAUUAGUGGUGCUUCGCGUGGUAUUGGUCUUGCAAUAGCACUGAGAGCCGCAAAAGAUGGAGGAUGUAUCGCAGUUCUUGCAAAAACUGAUACACCAAAUCCCAAACUUCCUGGGACAAUUUACACCGCAGCGCAGGAAAUUGAACGCAUCGGUGGGAAGGAGGCUGUCAAAAAUGCUAUACAAAAAGUUGUAAAUACGUUUGGUGGAAUUGACAUAGUUGUCAACAAUGCUUCCGCGAUAUCUCCGACAGAUACACAAGAGACUACUUUCAAAAAAUAUACUCUUAUGCAUGAAAUUAACUCACGUGGCACAUGGUUGGUGACAAAGUACGCCAUUCCAUAUCUCAUCGAGAGUGGUAAAAAAAAUAGAAAUCCUCAUAUUUUAAAUAUUAGUCCACCACUUGAUUUUCAAAAACAUUGGUUUUCUAAUCAUGUGGCAUAUUCAAUUGCAAAAUAUAAUAUGUCUUUGUUAAUUUUUGGCUGGGAUGGGGAAUUUAAGGAAUAUGCUCUUUGGCCCCUAACAGUAAUCAGCACUGCAGCUUUGCAAGUUUUAGAAAUAAUGGCCGACGCUGCAUAUCUGAUUCUUAAUAAAAAUUCCAAAGAAUUCAGUGGUAAUUUUGUAAUUGAUGAAGUGAUAUUAAGAGAGAAUGGUCAAACCAAAUUUGACCAUUAUUCUGUAAUCCCUGGUAAUAUAGAUUUGCAGGCUGAUCUUUUUGUUGAUGAGAAAUUAUGUGAUAAAAUGAGAGCUUUGUGGAAAGAAAGUUCACACAAAAAAGAUUCAAAAUUAUAA